GAGUAUGACGAAGGGGAAUGGGACGGCGUUGAACUGGAAGAUCAUGAGUACUUCGUUGGUGAAAGAUCAGCGAUCAUGGCGGAUGAUGAUGAAAGUGGAGCCUCAAGUUCACCUGCUCUCAAAAUGCAGCAGAGACCCUACUUCCCGCCAAAUCUUUCCCCAACUGAGAAGAAGGAGUAUCUUUUAGUAAAUUAUAAGAAAGCUUGCGAACGGUAUUUUCCGUUUGCAAAUAUCGAAAUGCUCGAGGCCGACACGAUAUACAAGCCGGUUGAAGCCUUUGCUAGCGAUUUGUAUCGGUUUCACUCUCGAGGUGCUCACAUACACGGGUUUUUUCGUACUGUGAUUGAUACUAGGGAUCCUCCUAGUCAUGAUCAAACGAGGUACAUCCAGGACAUACAGUUUGGCAAAGUGUUUCCGCUAUUUCCGGACUAUGAGGAAUGGGAUGAUAAGAUGCGUGAUGAAUUUCGUCAGCUCACUAGUCGUCUUUUGAGGCUGUUCGAAAGAAAAUACUUCUAUGCUAGCGCUGGAGGUGGAGUUGGCAAAGCGCCUCUUGUGAAAAGGGGUCCAAAACCACAACCUAAGCCACCUCCGGAUUACGCGGAGCAACAAAAAGUCAGACCCAAGGGUAUCCCCAAAGGCUUCCAAGCAGUUAGAGCUUCUUCAAUACCGCAAAGGAUAGGUCAGUCGAAACCCAUGUCACAAGCAACUCUCAUAUCCCAUCCGGUAGCUGCUGCCACCAGGUUAACCCAGUUACCACAACAACCUCCUUUGACCGAGAUGGUACCAGUGCCUGAUGAGGUAGGGGCAGCACGGGUCGAAGCGUUUGAACACAAUAAACGGGCGGAUAUAAAACGUUUGGUGAAUGAUGCAUUUGUGAAUCGCGAACAGGAGGCG